AUGAAUGAGCUUAUAAGUAAUAAAAACCUAAUCUAUCAAGGAGCUGAAUCUCGAGUAUAUGAAGUUGAGUACAUGGGCUUUAAGGCCAUUCUUAAAUAUAGAUUUCAAAAGAGUUAUCGUCAGAUACAGUUAGAUAAAACUUUGAGGAUCUCAAGAACAGCUGCUGAAGUGAAAAAUACUGCUAGAUGCAAGCUUAAUGGUAUAAACUGCCCCUUAAUUUAUUAUGCUGACUGUGAUAAUGGCUUAAUUAUAAUGGAAUAUAUGUCUGGGGUAACAUUAAAGGAGUAUCUCGAUUCUAAUAAAGAUAUUUCCUCAGAAAUAUUGCAAAAGAUUUGUCUCAAUAUAGGUAGUUCAAUAGCUAGGCUUCAUUCUUGUGUAAUACAUGGGGAUUUAACUUCUUCAAAUAUUAUUAUAACAAACAGCAAGUUGGAUGAUGAUGUGAUCAUCCAAUUUAUUGACUUUGGUUUAAGUUAUUGUGAAACACAAUCUGAAGAUAUGGCAGUGGACUUGUACGUUUUAGAGAGAUCUUUACAAGUUGCUCAUUCAAAUAAUUGCUUGAUUGAUUUUAUCCUUGAAGCUUACUCUUCAAAUCAUCCAAAUGGCGAACAAAUUAUCCGUAGAUUAAAUCAAGGUAAAUUACUAAUUAAGUCAUUAUAA